AUCUGUCUGGCCCAGACGGUUCCUGAUGAGUACGGCGUCGGGUUCGAAGACGGUUUCACGGUGGCCGACAUCGGUGAUGAUGUCGAUCUAAAAAGUGAAAUGGAUCUUGAAUUGGAGAAGGAAGAGCAGGCCCGUGAGAACAUCUCCAGGAUCUUAAACGAGCUUAUAGCUGGUUACGACAAGAACCUUAGACCUAAUAUACGAGGAACGCCCGUGAUUGUGAGAUCUGAUAUCUUUGUACUAAGUAUUGGACCAGUUAUUGAGAUCGAUAUGGAGUUUCAGAUUGAUAUGUUCUUCCGUCAGAGGUGGAAUGACCCACGGUUAAAGUUCAACGUCACUACCUUCGAUGAGCUCCGUCUAAACACAGUCAUGUUGGAUACGAUCUGGUACCCAGAUACUUACUUCUAUAACGGCAAGGAAGCUAUCAAGCACAGUGUUACCACACCAAAUAGGAUGUUCAGGAUAUCACCAGAGGGAAAUAUAUUAUACACAUCAAGGUUGACGGUGGUGGCGCAAUGCAUCAUGGACCUGCGGAAAUACCCGAUGGACACUCAGGUUUGCCCACUUUCUUUUGGAAGCAAUAGCUAUUCUGAAGAGGAUGUGAUCUAUGCCUGGAAAUACCCUGCCCCGAAUGAAUCACUGGCAAUCGAUACUUCGGAUGAACUCAUCUUAGCUCAGUUUAAUCUCACUGGAUGGGAGGGAAAGAGUUGGAUCAAACCGUCGAAUAGGAUUGGUAACCGUACCGUAUUGACAGUGGAGUUUAGAUUGGAGCGCCAUAUUGGAUUCUUCCUGAUCCAGACCUAUUUCCCGUGUGUAAUGAUAGUGGGUCUCUCAUGGGUUUCAUUCUGGUUGAACCGUGAAGCUACACCUGCUAGAGUGGCCCUAGGGACAAUGACCACCCUAACGAUCACGACCCUUGGAUGGAGUGCACGAGCCGUGCUUCCAAAGGUUGGAUAUCCUAAGGCCAUUGACUGGUUUAUCAUGUUAUGCUUUGCCUUCGUCCUCGGAGCCAUCAUCGAGUUCGCCACGGUGAAUUACUUCACGAAGAGAAGGACGGGCAUGCUACCUGGAAUGGCUGAUGAUGAGGAGGAUGACAUCGCACAAGCCCAGGUGGAAAAGGUGGAAGCCUCGUUGAUGAGAAGGAAGAAAAAGCGCUUCUCUCUCAUCCGAGGAUUUACGAGGUACCAGGGCAAGGUAUCUCGGACACCUUCGGACGAAGAUCGGCGAUUCUCGGAUCACUCGAACAACCUAUGUUCAGACAUACUCAAUUGCAUCACGGGAAAUGCCGAAUACAGGGAGAGCAGACUUCGGCGGAGCAAAGAUCAGAAACCGUUCAACAGCGUCAGUAAAAUUGAUGAGUUGGCUAGAAUUGGUUUCCCUCUUGGGUUUCUUCUCAUGAAUCUACUCUAUUGGUGUGUUUUCACUCUUGAUUAUUAAU